AUGGAGCGAGGCAGCGGGAAAUCCAUACUCCAAUUCGCACCGUUUCAGAGCUCCGUCGACGAGGGUUUCUGGCACAGACUCUCUUCCUUGAAGCUCAACAAGUUCGGCAUCGACGACUCGCCUGUUCCCAUCACCGGUUUCUACGCACCGUGCUCGCAUUCUCAAGUGUCAAAUCAUUUAACUCUUUUAGCUGAGUCUUUGCCUUCGGAUUCGAGUGAGGAAUCAUCGGUAACAGGAGUAAGUCGGGGAAAUAGGAACAGAUGCUCCGUUCCGGGAAUCAUUUACAACACUAAUACGGUAGAAGGCUUUCAUGCGCUUGAUAAACAAGGCUUGCUUAAGGCAGAAGCACAAAAGAUUUGGAAGGACAUCCAGAGUGGAAGAGCAUUGGAGGAUAGUUCAGUACUUUUGAGGUUCCUCGUCAUCUCUUUUGCCGACCUGAAAAAAUGGAGCUUUAAUUACUGGUUUGCUUUCCCCGCUUUGGUGCUUGAUCCUCCAGCAACUUUGGUAAAUUUGAGGCCAGCUUCACAGUGUUUUAGCUCGGAGGAGGCAGAAUCUGUUUCAGCAGCAUUUAACGAGUGGCGUAACUCAAGCCUAACAGCAGACGUGCCAUUCUUCUUGGUUCAUCUUGAUUCAAAUUCACACGCUACUAUUAAGCAUCUAAAGGAUUGGGAAACCUCCCAAAGUGCUGAUGAUGGUCACAAGUUACUCUUUGGUUUUUACGAUCCAUGCCAUCUCCCAAACCAUCCCGGUUGGCCUCUUCGCAACCUCCUUGCUCUUAUUUGCUCAAGAUGGGAUCUAAAGUCUGUUCACUUUUUAUGCUAUAGAGAGAGUCGGGGUUUCGCAGAUCUGGGACUGUCCCUUGUUGGUGAAGCUCUGAUUACAGUUCCGCCAGGAUGGAGAGAUCAUGGUCAUGUACCAAAUGCAGUCGGGUGGGAACUUAACAAAGGGAGAAAAGUACCCAGGAUUAUUAGCCUUGCUAAAUCUAUGGAUCCAACUAGGUUGGCCAUAUCUGCUGCAGAUUUGAAUUUGAAACUAAUGAGAUGGCGUGCUUUGCCUUCUUUGAACUUAAAUAGCUUGUCUUCUCUCAAGUGUCUCCUCCUUGGAGCUGGUACACUUGGAUGCCAGGUUGCUCGGACGCUUAUGGCUUGGGGUGUCCGGACCAUUACGUUGGUUGACAAUGGCAGGGUGGCUAUGUCUAAUCCGCUGAGGCAAUCACUGUAUACAUUAGAUGACUGCCUAAAUGGCGGUGAAUUUAAAGUGACAGCUGCAGUUAAUAGUCUCAAGAAAAUAUUUCCAGCUGUGGAAGCAGAGGGUGUCAUCAUGGCUAUACCUAUGCCUGGACAUCCUGUUCCGAGUCAAGAAGAGCAGAGCGUGCUCGAUGAUUGUGGACGACUACAUGAUUUAAUUGAUUGUCAUGAUGUAGUUUUCCUGCUGACUGAUACAAGAGAAAGUCGGUGGCUACCAUCUCUCCUUUGUGCAAAUACUAACAAGAUUACUAUAACUGCGGCUUUAGGGUUUGAUAGCUUCUUGGUUAUGCGCCAUGGAGCAGGUCCUUGUAGCUCUAGCCAUGACUCAAAAACUGAAGCUGAAAAUGCUUUAUCUGCUUAUAUGGGCAAUCUUGGCCUUACUGAUAGAGACGGGGGGAAGAGAUUGGGCUGUUACUUCUGCAAUGAUGUCGUUGCGCCUAUUGAUUCAACUUCAAACCGCACAUUGGACCAGCAAUGCACUGUUACACGCCCAGGCCUUGCUCCUAUUGCCUCAGCUCUUGCGGUUGAGCUCUUAGUGGGGAUCCUGCAUCACCCUCAUGGGAUAUUUGCGGAAGGGGAGGUGGUAAACUGCAGUAAUAGCAGAAGCAGUGAGCAGCCUCUUGGUAUUUUACCCCAUCAGAUUCGCGGUUCCCUAGCACAGUUUUCGCAGAUGACACUUGUGGGCCACUCCUCAGACAGUUGCACGGCUUGUUGCAGCACUGUGGUGUCCGAAUAUCGGAAAAGGGGAAUGGAAUUUAUUUUGCAAGCAAUCAACCAUCCUACAUAUCUGGAGGACCUAACUGGACUGACAGAGUUGAUGAAAUCAGCUAGUAAAUUCGAGUUGGACUGGGACGACGGGACAGAUGAAGACGAUGAUGAUUUGGUUGAGGUUUGA